AAAUGAAAAGUUGGAAGGUGCAAAUCAAAUUAUUUGUAAACCAGCACUGUGGAAUGUCCUUUCUAAUGGAUUCUAUCUCCUCCACUUCUAAACCACACCAUUCAGAAGAAACCCUAAUCUCAAAAUUCAACUCCGAAUCUUCCACAGUUUUCCUAACCCUAAUUUCCUCUUAAUCCAUGGCCAUCGCUUCUCCAUCUGCUCCAAAUUUCUCUGCUUCGCCUUCUUUCCGCUGCUCCAGAACCGACGCCCCUUGCUUCGCUCCAUUCCCCUUCGUUUCCCACCCUCGCCCUUCUUUUGCCCGUCGAUUUUUCAUCUCUUCCCGCCUCAAUGCCUCAAUCUUCUCCGGUGCCGGCGCCGGCUUCGGUUCUCCGGACAAUGGGGACGUCCAGUACGAGCUCCAGCAUGGGUUCUCUCUGGAGCGGCGGAAGAGAGGGUCUGCUGUGUUCGUUACGCUUCCUAUCGACGCCGUGUCUCCGGCGGGUGAGGUGCGGAGGCGGAAGGCAAUGUCGCAGUCGUUCAGGGCGCUUGCGGCGGCCGGAGUUGAAGGCGUGGUGAUUGAAGUCUGGUGGGGUUUUGUGGAGAGGGAUGAGCCUUGUAGUUAUAAUUGGAAAGGGUAUUUGGAAAUUGUGGCGUUGGCUCGUCGGUACGGUCUGAAAGUUCGCGCUGUGUUUUCGUUCAGUCAAAAUGGCAUCGGGCCGGACGAUCCUCACUGGAUUCCCCUCCCUAAAUGGGUACUUGAAGAGAUUAAUAAAGAUCCCGAUUUAGCAUAUUCUGACAGAUUUGGAAGGAGAAAUGCGGAAUAUAUUACUCUUGGAUGCGACACUCUUCCUGUUUUGCUGGGACGAUCGCCAGUCCAAGCAUAUGCAGAUUUUAUGAGAAAUUUCAGAGACAUUUUUAGACCUUAUCUUGGAGCAAUUGUAACGGGAAUUCAAGUUGGGAUGGGCCCGGCUGGUGAACUUAGAUAUCCUUCAUCCCCAUUGCAGAAGUUAACAGGGGCACGGCGCUCUCAUGAACUUGGAGAAUUUCAGUGUUAUGAUAAGUACAUGCUUGCAUCUCUGAAUGCUUGUGCUCAAGAUGUUGGCAUGCGUGAAUGGGGAAAUGGAGGUCCUACUGGUGCUAGUAACUUGAUGAACAACCCCGAACAAACGGAGUUUUUCAGAGGUGAAAACGGUUCAUGGAAUACACCUUAUGGGGAAUUUUAUCUCAAAUGGUACUCAGAAAUGCUUCUACUACAUGGGGAGAGACUAUGUAAGGAAGCUGAAACCAUUUUCCGAGGUAUUGAAGUAAAUUUAUCAGCCAAAUUAGGUGGGAUUCACUGGCAUUACGGAACAAAAUCUCACCCAUCAGAGUUAACUGCUGGGUACUAUAAUACUUCAAUCCGAGAUGGAUAUCUCCCAAUUGCUCGCAUGCUUGGUAGGUACAGCUUCACAAUGUGUUGUUCAUGCUUCGAAAUGCAAGAUUUCGAAGAAAAGCAGAUGAACCCAGUUGGUAGCCCAGAAGGGUUUCUUCGGCAGCUGCUGAUAGCUGCCCGGGUGUGCGACAUACCUCUGGAAGGCGAGAACUCGGUGAUGGGGUUGGACAACAACUCGUUUCAACAGGCUGUGAAGAUGUCAAGGGUUUACUCGGAUGGGUUGGAGAAGCUCUCUUUUUCCUUCAAUUUUGUGAGGAUGGACAAAAACAUGUUCGAGUAUGGUAACUGGGUUCGAUUUACUCGUUUCGUGAGGCAGAUGUCUGAUACCUCCAAUCUUUUUCGGGCCAAGCUAAAUCCUGGAAGCAAUAGAAACCUCUCUUCUGCAUCUGAUAUUACUACGUCGAGAUUGGCUCUUGCAUAUCACUGAUGAUAACGUCACGUAAACACAUUAUCCACUCAAUACUUAAGUGCAUGUAUAAAGUAUGAUAUAGACUACUGGCCAGUUAUAUAAAUAUAUAAAUAGAUA